AUGGGCAAUUUUUGUCCACGAGGGGUUUUGUCCGGUUACUCCAAAGUCAUGUUUAGGCGUUCGUGCGCCGAGGCACUGUGCGCGGAUCGAGUCAAAAUGGCCACUCCCCCAAUUCGUGCCACUGGCAGCCAGCGAGAAGAGUACCGAAGUUAUUUGGAACACACGGGGGUAAUGGAAGCACUGACAAAUGCUUUAGCGGAGAUGUUCACUAAAGGAGAGCGGCCGGACGACGCUUUGAAAUUCAUUUCCGAAAGGCUGGGCCAUUCUCAUGCCGGUCAGCCUACUAUAGACGCUUUAAGGAAUGAAGUUAAGGAGCUACGUGUCAAGGUAACAAACCUUAUCGACGAAAAUAAACAGCUGCGAGCAGCGUUACUGAAAUGUAAACAAGGAAGUGUUACCAUUUCUCCACUGAAGGCUGACCACACAAGUAACAACGGCAGCGGCAUUGCCAAUCCGUAG